CUACUUUUUCUAAUAAAGUCACGAUAAUAUUGAUUUUAUUUUCAGAGUUGUCUUGAAUAUUUUAUUUAGCCUCUUUCUAAUAACGGAUAUUCAAAUAAAACAAAACACCAAUAAAAUGUGAAUAAAUGGAUUUCACGUGGCUGUAACCACUGCAUCAAGAGUUGUACUUUCACGGCGGCGAUGAACAAUCCAAUCUCAAGUCCCAACCAUUUGUAACGAACGCUACCGAUUUGAAGUUCUUCACUCCCGCCGCCACCUAGAUCUGCUCAAAGAAGCCUAUCCUUAAUCUCCAAUACGCUACCAAAAAUGGCAAUCAGAGAACCAGAAAUCAUCAGAAACAAAGAACAGAUGAGAAAUUGGACAAGAUCUAUGAGAGCUCAAGGGAAAACAAUCGGAUUAGUUCCAACAAUGGGUUACCUCCAUCAAGGCCAUCUCUCUCUCAUCGCCGAAGCUCGAAAACACGCACAGCUUAUCGUGGUCUCAAUCUACGUAAAUCCCGGUCAAUUUUCCGCAAAUGAAGAUCUGUCCACAUACCCCUCUGAUUUCCAAGGCGAUAUUGAAAAACUCCAGUCGACUCCAGAUGGCGUAGAUGUUGUUUUCAAUCCCUAUAAUCUGUAUGAUUAUGGAGAAGAGAGAGAACGAUCGGGUGGGAAGAAGAGAGAGAAAGAUGAGGGAGUAGUGUCUUGUUUGGAGGACGAGAGAGGAGGGGGAUUCGGACAUGAGACAUGGAUUAGGGUUGAGGGGUUAGAGAAGGGAAUGUGUGGGAAGAGUAGGCCUGUGUUUUUUAGAGGUGUUGCUACUGUUGUGGCUAAAUUGUUUAAUAUAAUUGAACCUGACGUUGCUGUUUUUGGGAAGAAGGAUUAUCAGCAAUGGCGGAUCAUUCAACGAAUGGUUCGAGAUCUUGAUUUUGCAGUGAAGGUGAUUGGUUGUGAGAUGAUACGAGACAAAGAUGGCUUAGCAAUGAGCUCUCGUAACGUGUAUCUUUCACCCCAAGAAAGAGAACAGGCAUUGUCGAUAAGUCGGUCGUUAUUGGAAGCCAAGAAGGGGGGGAGAAACAUUUGUAGUGAAUUGAGAAGAUCAGUGAUUGAAAGUAUAAAAGCAGCAGGUGGAAAGAUUGAUUAUGUUGAGAUUGUGGAUCAAGAAAGCCUAGAAGCAAUUAACGAUGAAGAGAUUACAAGUGGUGGAGGUGGAGGGAUUGUUAUAUGUGUUGCAGCAUGGUUUGGGAAGGUGAGAUUGAUCGACAACAUGGAAAUUGAUGUAUUGUAGCAUAUAGCUGAUAGCUUAUAAAUUACACAUGGGAACCUAUGUUUUAUCUGUCAACAAUCUCAAAUAACUUAACGAAUAAAUAAAUCUAGAUAGAUUUAUAAAUUACACAUGGGAACCU